AAGUAUAUUUCAUAUUUUAUUUUUAUAUUAUACAUUAUAUUUUAUGCCUUCUUUUUUGUUCUCUUUAUUCGCUAUUCCACAAAAAUGAUUUAUUCAGUUAAUGGUUUGAUGAAAAUCAGUUUUGAUUUUUUUACAGAGGCUGUUCAUGUUGCGACAAAAAUUUUCUCAGUUCAAGGCAAAAUCGGGUUAGUCAUUGGAUCGAUUAGCCCGUGGGUAGAAAUUAUGUGUCUUAGAAAUGGCGCUAAAAAAGUAAUAUUUAUUAUAAUAGAUAAUUUAAUAGUUACAUUUGAUAAUGCACAAUCAAUUUUCUUUAUUUAUAGUCAAUUGGAGGCUUUCGAUUUCGCUGUCAUAUUUUCCAGCGUUGAACAUAGCGGUCUUGGACGAUUUGGUGAUCCAUUAGAUCCAAUAGGAGACAUACGAGAGAUACGAAAAAUCCACUGUUUGUUGAAAAAUGAUGGUCUCCUAUUCCUAGGAAUCCCAAUUGGAAACGAUCAAAUUUAUUUCAAUGCACAUCGGAUAUACGGACGAGUUCGAUUAGCAAUGCUUCUUGAAGCAAUAUUUAUUUGUGCUACAGAAAGUACCAACAUGAUUGAAUUCGUUUCACGUAAUGCAAAAUUCGAUUUUUUAUUUGCUCUAGUAAAUUUUAUAAAUAACUUUAUCUAUUAUAUAAUAUUUGCUUCACUUAGAGACAUUUCACUUAGAGACAUUUUUAAUAUUAUUAAUAUUAUUAUUUAUUAUUAUUAUUAA